GGUAUGACAGGUUGGAUACACCAUAGUGUACUUAAUAUGUAGUUAGUAUGCCUUGUUGUGAACUAUAACGCAAUUCAACUCAAAUAACUAGUCACUGUUACACCAUAGGUUGUUCAACGCGAAACAUUUUUAAAGAAAUUUUCAGUGCGUGUUUAAUCAGUUAUAAAAGUAUAUUUAAUAGAUAUAUUUUAUAUUUAGUAGAGGAUUUUUCAAAAUCUGUUAUCAUGUUUACUAGAGAAAAGUUAAUAUUGGUAUGCUAUCUUGUGGUAUUACUUUUUAGUGGACUAGGUUAUACUGUCACUGAAAUACGAAAUGCUACUCAAGCCAUAAAAUAUUUAAUUCAAUUUGGUUAUUUUACUCCAACCACUAUGGAUCCUAACAUGAUUCAUAAAAUAAAAAGAGAAUCUGUGAAAGAUGCUAUAAUCGAUUUUCAAACAUUUUCUGGAUUACCUACAACAGGAGAAUUAGACAGUGACACAUUUAAAAUGAUGAAUAUACCCAGAUGUGGUUGUAUCGAUCGAUUUUAUAGAACUAGAUUCAAAAGAUAUGGACAUUUCUUAGAAACUUGGAGAGUAGAUAAUUUGACGUACAGAAUUGUCAAGUAUCCUUCAGCAAACCUUAAUAAAGUGCAAACAGAUUUAGAAUUUCGAAGAGCUUUUGAUGAUUGGUCUAGCAUUAUGCCGAUUGAUUUUAAUGAAAGAUCAAGUGGUCCGGUAAAUAACUUUGGCUUAUUACAACAUUUUAGUUUAUAUACUUCAAAUUUUAUAGCUUAAGACUGAAUUUUAAUCAUUUUACUAUUUAUUUAUUCAUUAAUAUAGUGGGUAUCACGUAAAUUAGACACCAGUAUGAAUUGAAAUUUGACAGUAAUAUACAACAAUGUCAUAAAUACUUCAAUGCGAAUGUACAUACAUUUUAAAAGACAUAUACUUUACUUAACGUGGUCAAAUAUUAAUAAUAAAAAAAUAUUAAAAUAAAAAUAAACACAUGUAAUUUGUCUGAACCCU